UGUUAUGCUGCUAUCCGUAGCGCGGGGCCUCCAGUCCGCGGCCGUUUCCUGCCCUGAUGCAUGGUGGUCGGACGGAGGAAUUGUUGGAAAAUUGUGUCGGAGUUAAAAACAUGCUGCUCGCUCAGAUAAACCGAGAUUCCCAAGGAAUGGCCGAGUUUCCGGGAGGAGGAGGGGAAGCCCAGCACGUCACCCUGUGCCUCACCGAGGCCGUGGCAGACGGCGAAAGUAUGGAUACCAUGGACGGUGUGAGCUUGCAGGCUGUGACGUUGUCAGAUGGAUCGACGGCAUAUAUUCAGCACAACUCUAAAGAUGGUAAAUUGAUGGAAGGACAAGUCAUCCAGUUGGAGGACGGCUCUGCUGCGUAUGUACAACAUGUCCCUAAAAGUGACGGCCUGCGUCUGGAAGAUGGACAAGCCGUGCAGCUGGAAGACGGGACCACCGCGUAUAUCCACCACUCCACAAAAGACACGUACGAUCAGAGUUCGGUGCAGGCCGUUCAGUUAGAAGACGGCACGACGGCGUACAUCCACCACACCGUCCAAGUCCCGCAACCCGAUACCAUUCUGGCGAUCCAAGCCGACGGCACCGUGGCAGGGCUUCACACCGCGGAGGCCACCAUCGACCCGGACACGAUCAGCGCGUUGGAGCAAUAUGCAGCGAAGGUGCCUAUAGACGGAGGUGAGAGUGUCGGCAGCGGCGCCCUGAUCACGGAGUCUGACCCGGAGAAGAAAAUGCAGAUUGUGUUACAGGGCCACGGGCCCCGGGUCACCGCCAAACCUCCCCAGACCAACGAGAAGGCGUUUCGCUGCGACUACGAGGGCUGUGGAAAGCUUUACACGACGGCGCAUCACCUGAAGGUCCACGAAAGAUCGCACACGGGGGACCGGCCGUACCAGUGUGAGCACGGGGGCUGCGGGAAAGCGUUCGCGACAGGUUACGGGUUAAAAAGCCACGUCCGGACGCACACGGGGGAGAAGCCGUACCGGUGCACGGAGGAGAACUGCACCAAGUCCUUCAAAACGUCCGGCGACCUCCAGAAACACAUCCGGACUCACACAGGUGAAAGACCGUUCAAGUGUCCGUUCGAAGGCUGCGGAAGAUCGUUCACAACAUCCAAUAUCCGAAAAGUCCACAUCCGCACCCACACGGGAGAACGGCCGUACUACUGCUCCGAGCCCGGCUGCGGGAGAGCGUUCGCCAGCGCCACCAACUACAAGAACCACGUGCGGAUACACACAGGAGAGAAGCCGUACGUGUGCACCGUACCCGGCUGUGACAAACGCUUCACGGAAUACUCCAGUCUGUACAAACAUCACGUGGUUCACACGCACUCCAAACCCUACAACUGUAACCACUGCGGGAAGACCUACAAGCAGAUCUCCACGCUGGCCAUGCACAAGAGGACGGCGCACAACGACACGGAGCCCAUCGAAGAGGAGCCAGAGAGCUUCUUCGUUCCGCAGCCACCGGAAGAUGUCUUGAAAGGCUCUCAGAUCACCUAUGUGACUGGGGUGGAGACAGAGGAUGGUCUCCCGACCGCCGUGACUCAGUCUGGACAACAACUGGCGCUUAUUUCCCAAGAUGGAACCCAACACGUGGCAAUCGUGGCCCAAGACUUAUCUGCAUUCCACGCGGCGUCCACAGAGAUCGGCCAUCAGCAGCACGGUCACCACUUAGUGACCACCGAGUCCCGACCGGUGACGCUACUGGCCACGUCCAACGGAACGCAAAUUGCAGUACAGCUCGGGGAGCAGCAGUCUUUAGAAGAAGCCAUCAGGAUAGCAUCGAGAAUACAGCAGGGCGAAUCCCCGGGGAUGGAGGAUUAACGGCCAGUAAUCCUCAGCAGUUACUCUCGCUUUUAUUAGAACAUUCUCUGCCGGUUCCAGCGAUUGCUCUGCGCGCCGGUAGCUGAGGACGGGGACGCCUGCCUCGGCGCUCGGAUCCAAGGCGGAUUUGUAUAGCUUUAGUAACCAGACGCGUUUGCACAUUUCUGGUGAGCCCGCGGGCGACCACGGCAAGCGCUUUCGGAUUUGUAUAAUAACGACAAUUUCUAGGAAAUUGGACUUUAAGGGAAAACCAGGGACAUUUCCAGUAUUCGCUGCGUUUUUGACAGACCCUCAGACAAGGACAGGUAUUUUCUCGCUCCCAGAAUUCAUCUGAUUCCCAUUGGCUGUUCUAUUAUCUUGUACUCUUUGUAAAUAAAGAUUAUUAAUGCUGAAAGGGCUAAUUCCAUUUUAUCUUUUCAUCUGAUUAUGUAAAAAAAUAUAUGUUUUGGUUGUAGAUUAUUCUAAACAUGAAAUGUCUUUUCUUCCUGUAAUUUAUAUGAAUAGUUUCUAUGAAUUUCAGAUCUGAAGUAUAAUGCCAGCGUUUCACGUCGGGGGGCCGUCUGCCUCGUUCUGCCCUCGAUU